AUGUCCAGCGGACUCCUGAAGGCGUUGCGCUGUGACUCCUCCGUAGAACUGAGCCACUACCGGGACCAGCACUUUUGGGGUGACAUUGACGAACAAGAAGAAUGAGUAAAGAAACGCUGUCCACUGUAUGUUGGAAAUCUUUCCUUUGACACCACUGAAGAACAAAUCUAUGAACUCUCCAGCAAAAGAGGUGACCUAAAGAAAAUCAUUACGGGCCUGGAUAAAGUGAAGAAAACAGCAUGUGGAUUUUGUUUUUUGGAGUACUGUUCAAGACCAGAUGCAGAAAAUGCCAUGCAGUACAUAAAUGGAACUCGUCUGGAUGAGCGCGUCAUUCGCACAGAUUGGGAUGCAGGCUUUCAGGAAGGCAGGCAGUAUGGCCGAGGGCGCUCAGGUGGCCAGGUACGAGAUGAAUAUCGGCAGGACUAUGAUGCUGGGAGCGGCAGCUGA